CUGCGCCGAUACUUUCCUAUAUGAAAUCUCCUUCUUUUCUUAUUCCCUACCUCCCCACCAAAUAUUGAUGGGGAAUUCUGAAUCACCUUGUAUGCUCAACCACCUUACCAGGCUUUAAAGUCCUUACAUGGCCUAUAUAUUUCCAGUCGUUGAUCGUAUUGGUCGUUGUCAUGUACUUUCAAUUACAAGAGAGUUUCAAAUGGCGAAAAUAUUCAUGUUUUAGAAUGUCAAAUAAUAAAAAAUUGUGGACAAAUAAGCACACCAAAAACAAUAUUUCAAGUGAUGUUUAAAUUCUUCUUCUUGUUUGCUUAAGAAAUGCGAAAUGAAUCUUCUGUUGCACUCAUCUGUUUAAUAAUUAAAACUUAUGUAAUUAAUUUUGUGUAACUACAGUACUUACUUUAAAGCACAACAUUAUGUCAGAAGAAUGUUGCAGUGGACACACAUCUAGAGUGCCAUCGGUGCAUCAAACUUUAGAUGAAAUGGCUUUUGAAAGAGGUAUAUGGAGUGCAGCAAUGGAUGGGAAUGUUGAAAAAUUGAAAUAUUUUCUUUCUAAAGGAGUUGAUCCAUCUAGUUGUGAUACUUCUGGAUACACAGCUUUACAUUAUGCUGCACGGCAUGGGAAAGAAACAGCCUGUAAAAUUUUGUUAUGUCAUAGAGCAAAUCCUAAUGCUCAAACACAUGGAGGAGCCACCCCACUACUCAGGGCAGCAUAUGUAGGGCAUACAAGCAUCAUCUCUCUUUUGCUUCAGUAUAAUGCUGACCCUUUUAUCUCUGACAGCGAUGGAAAAACUCCUCUUCAUAAGGCUGCAGAAGGACAGCAUUUCGCUGCAGCGAAUAUAUUAGUUACUGUGAGACCUGAACUAAAAUCUGUAAAAGAUAAGCGAGGACUCACUCCUGUGCAGUACGUUGAUGCCAAAAAUACAGAACUUUUGAAGUUGUUGUGUGUUUAGUGCAAAGUGCAAAAAUUUUUUCUAUGUAAAUUUAAUUUUUUUUUUUUUCGUGUGUGCGUGUGUGUGUGUGUAUUGCUUAGUUGCUUUGUAAUAAUAAAGUUUUGUUAUACUUGUCCCCCCCCAAAAAAAUCAACUCUACCAAGUUAACGAUUUACAGUUUAAAAAGAAAUUAACUUACAGUUACUUUAAACUGAACAAAUAAAAUCGAAUUACUAAAAUUUAGUUACUGAAGAACAAAAUUAAGAAACCAUAUUACAUAACUUUUUAGAUAAUCCCUUAAAAUACUUGAGAAAAUAUUUACUAAAACUUAAUUAUGUGUACUUUAAAAAAAUUGGUAUUCAUAAAUUUGCUAAUCGAGGAGAGAAAUUUCAAACUAUUAUCCUUUUUUCAGUUACAUAAUAAUUUAAAAACAGUAUUGAAAUUUAAAACAACGUUUUAUGGAUGCUUCUUAGAAAUAAAAAUUUUUUGCAUCAUUGAUAUAGCACAUAGUUUCCUUGCAUACUUUUAGUAUGAACAAUUAAUUUCUGAAGUCAUGAAUAGGCUGAAGCAAGCAAAAUAAACAAGGACGAACAAAUAAAUGAAACUUUCUUGUUCUUCAACUGCUAAAAUUGACACGAGUUCUAAUUUUUAUAUACUGGUAUUGCUGCUUGUCAUAAUAAAAGAGAAAUCAAAACAAAGUUGGUUUUAUCUUUGGUGAAUGACAUUCGUUCUCUUGUACUUCUCGGAAAUUUUGUCAUGAUGUAUUUUUUUAAUCAUUAAGUAUGUAUUUAUAAAAUGGCUUUGAGCUUCAAAUGUACAUAAAUUAACUUCUAAAAUUAAAAAAUUAUAAUGUUUAAGGGAAUAAAGAUUUGUGCAGUCAAUCCAAAAGAGAUUAAUUGCAAUUUAUUCAUCUUUGAA